CAGCACCCAACGCGUGCAAAUGCUCCAUAAAAGGCAACUAUAGACAAAGAUCCGGGUCCUUGCAUGGUCCACAUGAAAAUCAUCGCGUCAUGAUACAGCUGCCCUUCAUAUACUUCAUGUACCAUGGCCCUCCCUCUCCUCCCCCCUACAGAUUGCCAUCGCUAGUAAACAACGCGACGCGUUGACUCAACAGAGUCAUGCCCUGACAUUUGUUUACUCACAAACAUGCAAACAUGCAAACAUGUCUCUCCCUCCCUCCCUACUUUAUCCCAUAUAGGCAUCCUCAGGUCCCAUCGCUCCAGUGGCCCACUGCAGAACCUGCCCAGGCACUUGAAGCACCGCCUGCACUUGUGCCAGCUGACCUCCAUGGUCUUUGGCCGCUUCGAUGUCGCAUCCUCGACCAACAACUCGGCGGGCCUUAACAUCUACUCGGCUUUCCACUCUCGUCGCCACGGAGCCUCACGUGCGGCCAUCCAACGGCACCUCACCAACAACCCAAACGGACAAAAGACACGCACCUUCUUUGCUCAACCGAUCCAGUCGUCCCCUUACUGCCGUCGCCACCAUCGCAGGGACUGUCAACGCACCUGCUGCACCCUCGCCAAGCUCCAGCAACAACAACAGCGCGCGUUGGAACAGAAGAAAAAGAUGACAAACAACUACUACAUGAACAAUGUGCGCAAGCCCGAACAACAGCGCGUUGCUGGACUGGUCGAUACCAUCCCUGCAUUCCUACAGUGCUCCGCAAUGAGCUACACCGAUAUUGCCAAGAGCAUGGUCGAGAAGGGCGAGGCCAAGGAUGUUGCGGAGACUCGGGUGCUGGAGGGCUGGUACAGGCUUUUGCUGGAGAUGAUGACCCAGGCUGUGGUGGAGUCGUUCCUUUGCGAUGGCGCCAUGGGCGUGGAAACUAUCCUGGAUGUCUUUUCUUAUGGUGACGAGGCAGAGACUGAGGACGAGCCAAAGCAGGUCGCAGUGGAGGAAAAAUCGGGUACAGCUCAGCAAGAGCAGCAGAAUAUUGCUCAGGAGAGUAAUGGACAUGAGCACCAGGAUGACAUCUUGUUUGUCAAGACUCCCGAAUACGAAGCCUUUAAGAAAGCCAAGGACGAGCGUCUCCAAGAGGUAAGGGAUACGGUUCAAUUGUUCAAUUGAUGCAUGCCUGAUAUUUAUUUAUAUAUUUUAUUGCAUUCAUGGAUAAUGAUCUUGAUGGCUCACACUUUCUAUGUGCUUCUAUUUUUCUAGUUCUUGUCCAUGAAAGGCGCAUCGAUGGAGCAGCACUUUGUCAAACUUGCCGCCAAGUAUCCCUUGAUUGUCUUUGAGCGCCAAAUGACCCAUUACAUUGCUCGAUCUCAGAAACUUCUCGAGGAUCCCAAGCUGUCUAGGG